AAUUUCCAGACCCCUCUCUCUCUCUCUCGCUCUCUCAUUCCAUUUUUUCCGAUUCUAUUUCUCUCGCUAUUUUCUCCCGUUGUCUUCGGAUUUCCGGCGGUGAGGUUUUUUAUUUCGUUGAUUGUGUUUGUUUUUGUUGUCGGCUCUUUUUUUAGAGCUCAGAAACCAGAGGGAAGAGUGGCGGAGGAGCGGCGGAGGAAGAGCUCUAAUCUGUAAUGGGUUGCUUUUGUUGCUUCGGUUCAUCGAGCAAGAAACCGGAGAAAAUCGAACAAAACAACCCUAACACCUUCAAUUCCAAAACUCACAAGCCCGAUGAUCGAACUCCUUCAGAUAAACCCAAAGUAAAUUCAAGUUUAGCAGUGAAAAGGGAUUCUGAUGUGAAGGUUGUUGUGUCUAAAGAUGAUCAAUUAGCUUUAGAUGUUAAGAAAUUGAAUUUGAAAGAUGAAGUUUCUGAGGAAGGAGAAACCAAUGGCCGUGCUAAGACUUUUACAUUUGAAGAACUUAAGGCUGCAACAGGUAAUUUCAGGUCAGAUUGCUUCUUGGGUGAAGGAGGAUUUGGCAAAGUUUAUAAAGGGUACUUGCAGCAAGUUAGUGAGGUUGUUGCAAUCAAACAACUCGACCGCAAUGGAGUUCAAGGAAUUCGGGAGUUUGUUGUGGAAGUCUUGACUUUAAGUUUAGCUGAUCACCCUAACCUUGUUAAACUCAUUGGCUUUUGUGCUGAAGGGGAUCAGAGGCUGUUGGUUUAUGAAUAUAUGCCAUUGGGAUCUUUGGAAAACCAUUUACACGAUCUUCGACCCGGUGUAAAGGUAAUUGAUUGGAACACAAGAAUGAAAAUAGCAGCAGGUGCAGCGAAGGGUUUGGAGUAUUUGCAUGAGAAGAUGAAGCCCCCGGUUAUCUAUCGUGAUCUGAAAUGCUCGAACAUUUUGCUCGGUGAAGGAUAUCAUCCAAAGCUAUCUGAUUUCGGAUUAGCUAAAGUUGGUCCCAGUGGGGAUAAAACCCAUGUUUCAACCAGGGUUAUGGGCACAUAUGGGUAUUGUGCACCAGAUUACGCAAUGACCGGUCAGCUGACGUUCAAAUCAGAUAUUUACAGCUUUGGUGUUGUUUUAUUAGAACUCAUCACUGGCAGGAAAGCGAUCGAUCAUUCAAAGCCUCAUUCGGAACAAAAUCUUGUUGCUUGGGCGCGACCAUUGUUCAGAGACCGGAAGAAGUUCUCACAAAUGGUUGAUCCAAUGCUUCAAGGACAUUAUCCUGUGAGAGGAUUAUACCAAUCUCUUGCCAUAGCAGCAAUGUGUGUUCAGGAGCAACCGAACAUGCGUCCAGUUAUAUCCGACGUGGUUACUGCUUUAAACUACCUAGCCUCCCAGAAAUACGAUCCUCAAACACAACCAAACCAUAGCUCCCAAAAGAGACCACCUUCUCCUAAAAUGGAACGGGACGAUGAUAAGAGGCAUACUUCGGACGACGACGAGUCAGAGAGAGAGUGAGGCGGGCGAGGAUAUGUCGUGGAACUGUCUGGUGAAUACUGUUCAGAAACAUUCUUAUGAAGCGCCUCGUUAUCAAUUUUUGGGUCAUAGAUGGUAACAGGUACUUGCUAAGAUCCUUUAUCUUUCAGUAAAUUGAGUCAAAAGCUGAGAAUUUGUGCCAUUAUUCUGAUCUGUUUGCUUUCACGUAAUCCUCCAAUGUAAAUAAAUGUGAGCUGAGGUUCUUUUGUAUGUAAGAUGCCUAUGUAGGAACCAUGCUCCAAGUUAUAGUUAUAGCCAAAAAUUCCCUUCCCAUUAAUGACUUCAA